AGGCAUCAAUCAACUGAACAGCGAUUAACAGCAGCAGAAAAGGGCUGAGGCAACAACCUCUCUCAAAGCAAUGGGUUGGGGUUGGACAAUCUAUGAAGGAGUCGUGGUGUUUGGGUCCCUCGCUCUUCUUGGAUGGACAGGUCUUUGGUUUCUCAAUCGGAGACUAUACAAAGAGUAUGAGGAGAAGAGGGCGUUGGUUCAGAUCCUCUUUAGUGUCGUCUUUGCCUUCUCCUGUAAUCUCUUCCAGCUUGUCCUCUUUGAGAUCAUACCUGUUCUCUCGAAAGAGGCAAGAUGGAUAAAUUGGAAAGUUGAUUUGUUUUGCUUGAUAAUGUUGUUGGUGUUCAUGCUGCCGUAUUAUCACUGCUAUUUGAUGCUGUGCAACAGUGGUUUACGAAAGGAAAGAGCUGCACUAGGAGCAAUCUUAUUCUUGCUGGCAUUUCUCUAUGGUUUCUGGCGCAUGGGCAUUCACUUUCCUAUGCCUUCUCCUGAUAAAGGUUUCUUUACUAUGCCACAGUUGGUUAGCAGAAUAGGAGUGAUUGGUGUGACUGUCAUGGCUGUGCUAUCUGGUUUUGGAGCUGUCAACUUGCCAUAUAGUUAUCUGUCUCUCUUCAUUAGGGAGAUUGAUGAAACAGAAAUCAAAGCCUUAGAAAGACAAUUGAUGCAGUCUUUAGAGUCUUGUAUUGCAAAGAAAAAGAAAAUCAUACUUGGUCAAAUGGAGAUGGAACGUAUUCAAGGAUCAGAAGAGAAGCUGAAGGCUAGAUCUUUUUUAAAGCGUAUAGUUGGAACAGUCGUACGUUCUGUCCAGGAGGACCAAAAGGAGCAGGAUAUUAAAAGCAUGGAAGCAGAGGUGCAAGCAUUAGAAGAGCUGUCAAAGCAGUUAUUCCUGGACAUCUAUGAACUCCGUCAAGAAAAGGAAGCUGCAGCUUAUUCUCGGACCUGGAAAGGUCACUUACAGAACUUACUGGGUUAUGCAUGUUCUGUUUACUGUGUGUACAAAAUGAUAAAGUCUUUACAGAGUGUUGUUUUCAAGGGGGCUGGCUCUUUAGAUCCUGUUACUAUGACAAUCAGCAUAUUCCUACAGUUCUUUGAUAUUGGCAUAAAUGUGGCCUUAGUAUCUCAGUAUAUUUCCUUGUUAUUCAUUGGGAUGUUGAUCGUGAUCUCUGUCCGAGGCUUUUUGACAAAUUUAAUGAAGUUCUUCUUUGCAGUUUCCAGAGUUGGAAGUGGAUCAUCCACAAAUGUUGUACUUUUUCUAUCUGAAAUCAUGGGAAUGUAUUUUGUAUCUUCAAUUCUAUUGAUAAGGAAAAGCUUGGCAACUGAAUAUAGGAUAAUUAUCACAGAUGUUUUGGGUGGAGAUAUUCAGUUUGACUUUUACCAUCGGUGGUUUGAUGCGAUUUUCGUGGCAAGUGCUUUCCUUUCUCUGCUACUGCUUUCUGCACAUUACACAUCACGCCAGGCAGACAAGCAUCCUAUAGAUUGAUUGUCACGUAAUUUACAGUAACUAGUUCUGUAUAUGUAGUUUUGAUCCAGUUUCCCAUUAAAUGAAUUCUCAAGCACUUCAGGAAGUAAUUCCACAAAGUACACUGAUCAGCAAUACUUGGAAACUGUAACAGUUUAACUUGCCAGAUAUCUGGACUCUGUAGGAUUUGCUUCCUACUGGGUAGGAGACA